UGAGCCUCCCCGUGCUGUGUCGUAAUCGGUGUGUGUUUGACAUUUCCGACCGCACCUGAAGUGCUCAUGAGCCUGGCUGAGGGAGAAGGCGUCGAGAAGACAAGAUGGCGCAGUGAGUGGGCUGCUUUCGUCCACUCGGCCGCGGAGCCUUAAACUGAUUAUAGCGCUGUUUCUGGAGGGUUUUGUGGGCUGAGGAGGUUCGGUGCUGCGGUGUGUGUGUGCGCGCGCGGUUCGUUUGGGCGCUGAGCUGUUGCUGAGUCACGGCGCAGUUAGCCGCUAACUUCGCUCCGGGUUGAAGGUUCGGGCUCGGUCUUUGGUCUGUAUGUGUGACGGACUCUGAGCUGAUCUUCGGCUGAGAUUAUGGCGAGCAGCAGCGGCUCGAAGGCCGAGUUCAUCGUCGGUGGGAAGUACAAGUUGGUGAGGAAAAUCGGCUCGGGCUCGUUCGGAGACAUUUAUUUGGCCAUAAACAUCACGAAUGGGGAGGAGGUAGCGGUCAAACUGGAGUCUCAGAAAGCCAGACACCCUCAGCUGCUGUACGAAAGCAAACUGUAUAAAAUCCUGCAGGGAGGCGUUGGAAUCCCGCACAUCAGGUGGUAUGGCCAGGAGAAGGACUAUAACGUCCUAGUUAUGGACCUGCUGGGACCCAGCCUGGAGGACCUCUUUAAUUUCUGUUCUCGUCGCUUCACCAUGAAGACUGUCCUUAUGUUAGCUGACCAGAUGAUCAGCAGAAUCGAGUAUGUACACACAAAGAACUUCAUCCACAGAGAUAUCAAACCAGAUAACUUCCUCAUGGGCAUUGGGCGUCACUGUAACAAGUGUUUAGACUCGUCAGUGGGGAAGAGGAAAAGAAGCUUGGCUGUUAGCUCUUCUCAGGAUCCAUCUUUCUCAGGAUUAAACCAGCUUUUCCUUAUUGACUUUGGUUUGGCAAAGAAGUACAGAGACAACCGAACACGGCAGCACAUCCCCUACAGAGAAGACAAGAACCUGACCGGCACCGCCCGCUACGCCUCCAUCAAUGCACACCUGGGCAUCGAACAGAGUCGUCGUGAUGACAUGGAGUCGCUAGGCUAUGUGCUGAUGUACUUCAACAGAACCAGUCUGCCCUGGCAGGGAUUAAAGGCUGCCACCAAGAAGCAGAAGUAUGAGAAGAUCUCAGAGAAGAAGAUGUCUACUCCUGUUGAGGUGCUCUGUAAGGGGUUUCCAGCAGAGUUUGCCAUGUACCUGAACUACUGCCGUGGCUUACGCUUUGAGGAGGCACCAGAUUACAUGUAUCUACGUCAGCUGUUCCGCAUCCUCUUCAGAACCCUGAACCACCAGUAUGACUACACGUUUGACUGGACCAUGCUGAAACAGAAAGCCGCCCAGCAGGGGGCCUCGUCCGGGGGGCAGGGGCAGCAGGCACAAACCCCCACAGGCAAGCAAACUGAAAAACCCAAGCCUAACAUGAAAGACAGAAUUGUUGACUCCAGAGAGCGAACAUUCUCUGGGCUUGGAUGACAAGACAACCAAAGAAUAGGUCUCGGCCAAUGAGGAAGGAUGUCGAAGAGGAAGAACGACAACUCAAACUGUGUAGUUCCAUACAGAGCAGACAACAGGAGAAACUUGACCAACGGUUUGAUCCCUUCAGCCAGUGCGCCAGGGAGUCACUGAAAAAGUUGGAUGCCAAGACUCGGACGCUGGCAGAGCGUUGAAUCACAAAGGUUCUUCUUGAUAUAGAUGGGAAUGUUAAGUGUCCCAGGACUUCCUGUUUCUGCACCACCCUAGCAACUGUUCAGAGCCAAAUAUAUUCAGGUCACUUGAUUGGUAAUCCUUUCCCCAUACCCUGAAUUUCAUUUACACAAUUUUAGAUAUGGUUAGAAAUAAAUACAAGUAAACCAAUGUUGUUGUGUUUUUUUAAAUGUCCAGUUAUUUGGCAACACUUUCAUCAAGUGAAACAAAUACAAUGACAUGGUGUAAUCUGGAAACAUCUACGGGUACUCCUUAUGGAUUUUCAGUAGAUCAUCUCUUUUACACAGUUAUGCUGAUACAGAGGAGGGAGGGGAGGAGGAGAUAGUGUACAAAAACUGAGCAUGCAAGAAGGAGACGAGUGAGGGAAGCCACCAAAACACCCAAGACAACUCUGAAGAACUGAGAGGCUUCUGUAACUGAUUGGAGAAACUGUGCAAAGUGCACCUUCUGUCUCUUGCACCACUGCUCACAGCCUCACUAUGAAGUGGAACAGAGAAGGAUUUACAUCCCAAAAAAAAAAUCCCAGGAUUGCAUCUCUUACUUGCCUGUAGCUGGUGCAGUAUAACUUGAUGCAACAG